AGCGACGGUAGACCCCGCCCCAUUUUCCGCGCGCGCCGAUUGCAGUCGGCCGGAAUAGUGUUAUUUACUUUUCGAAACUUUAUAUUGUAAGAAUUUAAGUACAAUACCUAUAUCGCAACAAAAGUAGCAGACACAGUGAAAAAUACAUUUUGUUUGGCCGAAGUGAGAUGUCUUCUUAUCAUUCCCGCUCUCGUUGACUACGCAACUUCCGUAUCCCCGUUCGAAUACAGUAGUACCUUGUAAACAAACAAGUGUAAACAGCAUGGCCGUUCGAGUUUAGCACACUGAAUUGAGUUGAGCGAGUGCUGUUAAUGAUGGCGGGGGUCAUCCGGAGGCUCGACGAGACGGUUGUCAAUCGGAUAGCCGCGGGAGAGGUUAUUCAGCGCCCUGCCAACGCUGUUAAAGAAAUGAUUGAAAACUGUCUGGAUGCCAAGGCCACGAACAUCCAGGUGACGGUUAAAGACGGUGGAAUGAAGCUGCUGCAGAUUCAGGACAACGGCACCGGUAUUCGGAGAGAAGACAUGGAAAUAGUUUGCGAGCGUUUUACCACAAGCAAGCUGCAGACAUUUGAGGACCUCUCUGCCAUUGCAACUUAUGGCUUCAGAGGAGAGGCUCUGGCCAGUAUAAGCCAUGUCGCCCACGUAACCAUAACAACAAAGACAGUUGAUGCCAAAUGCGCCUACAGAGGCGCCUACAGUGAUGGUAAACUAAAAGGCCCUCCGAAACCCUGCGCUGGAAACCAGGGAACACAAAUACUGGCAGAGGAUCUCUUCUACAAUGUGUCUACCAGGAGGAAAGCUUUAAAAAACCCCAGCGAUGAGUACUCCAGGAUUGUCGAGGUGGUGAGCAGGUAUGCUAUACACAAUUCCGGGAAAAGCUUCUCUGUCAAGAAGCAAGGAGAGACGGUAGCAGAUGUGAGGACUUUGCCCAACGCAUCAGUGGUGGAUAACAUUCGAGGAGUUUUUGGCAAUGCGGUCAGCAGGGAGCUGAUCGAGGUUGGCUGCGAGGACCAGAAGCUGGCUUUCAAACUGAAGGGUUACAUCUCCAAUGCAAACUACUCAGUCAGGAAAUGUAUCAUGGUCCUCUUCAUCAACCACCGUCUGGUGGAGUCGAGUGCGCUGAAGAAAGCCGUGGAGACAGUUUAUGCCGCGUAUCUGCCCAAGAACACACACCCUUUCCUUUAUCUCAGUUUAGAGAUCGCCCCUCAGAAUGUAGACGUGAAUGUGCACCCCACCAAGCACGAGGUGCAUUUCCUGCACGAGGACAGCGUCAUUGAAAGCGUUCAGAAGCACAUUGAGGGCAAGCUGCUAGGCUCCAACUCUUCACGCACAUACUUCACUCAGACAUUGCUGCCCGGGCUGUCUGUGUGUGGUGCAGGUGAGAUCAAGUCAUCCAGCGGCACAUCCGAGUCUGGCGAGCGCGUCUACGCGCAUCAGAUGGUGAGGACUGACUGUCGUGCUCAGAAGCUGGAUGCCUUCCUCCAGCCAAAGGAGAAGCUGCUUCCCGAGCCAGAACCCGCUGGCCCGAGCGGCACCGAUUCCAAGUCCAAAGCUGUCGAGCCGGAUGAUCUGGACAUGCUGGACGCACUGGACCAGAUGGAGGUAGAGCUGCCGAAAAGUGAGAAGGAGAGCAGCGACCAAGUGCACGAUGUCCAAAGGAAGCGUCCCAGGAAAGAGCAGCAGGAGGAGGAGGAUACGGAAGAGGGGCAAGACGAGGACAAGACUGCCUCAGCCACCCCCAAGAGACGAGUCAUCAAACUAAACAGUGUAAAAGAGCUGAGAGCCGAGAUUAGCGACAACACACACAAAGGUUUGCAGGAGAUGCUGCAGAAUCACUCUUUUGUGGGCUGCGUCAACCCCCAGUGGACUCUGAUCCAGCAUCACACUAAACUCUACCUGCUCAACACCACAACGCUAAGCCAGGAGCUCUUCUACCAAAUCCUCAUCUAUGACUUUGGGAACUUUGGUGUACUGAGACUCUCUACACCGGCUCCCAUUUACGAGCUGGCCAUGUUGGCUCUGGACUCUGAGGAGAGUGGCUGGACUGAGGAGGAUGGACCCAAAGAAGGCUUGGCUGAGUACAUAGUGGACUUCCUGAAGAAGAAAGCCGAGAUGCUGGAGGACUAUUUCUCCAUGGAGAUAGAUCAGCAGGGAAAUUUAAGAGGAUUACCCUUGUUGAUUGACAACUACACGCCUGUCAUGGAAGGUCUGCCCAUGUUCAUCCUUCGCCUGGCAACAGAGGUGAACUGGGACAACGAAAAAGAAUGCUUCCGAGACUUCAGCAAAGAGUGCAGCGUGUUCUAUUCAAUAAGGAAGCAAUACAUCCUGGAGGUGGAGCCAGGAGAGGAGCAGGAUGCAGAGGUGAAAUCGUGGCGAUGGAACGUUGAGCACAUCCUAUGCAAGGCUUUCCGUUCACUCAUUAGUCCCCCCAGACACAUCAGUGAGGACGGCACGGUGCUGCAGAUCGCUAAUUUACCGGAUCUUUACAAAGUAUUUGAGAGGUGUUAGAUGACUCGGAAACAUCGUCUCAUGCUGCUCCUUUUUACUUGGUGUACGUUUUUGUAUGUUUUCAUUAAAUUCAAAUUCCUUCUGCGUACACCCUGGCUCAAGCAUCCUUCAAAGAAGAAGUAUGGAAUGCUUUUCGAGCGUUCAAUAUCCUUAAUAUCUUCUGUGGCAUAAUUUUGACAUGGCCGUUCAUGCUCAAAAACCUUUCAAUGUUAAUGAACUAAAUGAAUUCGGCAAGCAAGGGGGGUAUGAAAGAUUCAUUGCUGCUUAAUUUUGGUUGUUGCUGACGAGGGUGGUCCACCCAGUUAUAAGGUUUAAGGGCAAUGAGUUUUUCACACAGGACUAUGUACUUUGUAGAUUUGGAUCCACCCCCUUGAUAAUAACCUACAUUAAAAACUGCAUUUUGUGUUGUCUUUGACUAAUAUUUAAAUGUGUUUGAUGAAGAGAAACACUGUAGUGUGACUAAAACGUAAAAUAAAUAAAUCAGUAAGUAGCCAAAAACCUUUUUUUUUUUUUUCACACCACUGCGAACGCUCAAAUGGCUUUCCAUAAGGCAGAACCCAAGUUCUGAGCAAGCUCAAGUUAAACCAUAGCCUUUUUUUUCUGGUGCGUAAACGACACCUCAAAUACGUCACUCCACUUUUACCACAACAGCAUUCCAAGCCCCAACAGACAUAAGCAGAGUGGGUGGAACGUAUGCCUUCACUCCUGGUUUGUAAUGCCACUGUAAGUGUGGAAAAUCAUGGGCUGUUUCAAAGUUUCCACCAAAGGGGGGG